AUGGCCUGCUUGCCACAGAUGCUUCUUGGGAAAUACAAAUCCUACUCGUUUUAUCAUGUGAUUUUCCUUCUCCUCCUUGUUUUCAUCGUGACCUUCUUGGGCCAUACUCUCUUGACUCCAAGAGGUCAGAGUGUGGACAACCUGCUAGCCAGGGCAAGCCUGGCUGUUAAAGAAAUGGACCACUUGGAAGUGGUGAGUACAUCCAGGCUGAUCUAUCUGCAGCCAAAGCUGCUGCUGUCGGCUAAGGAGGAUGUCCUGGUUCAGACCCCUUGGCUUGCCCCCAUUGUGUGGGAAGACACUUUCAACAUUGACAUACUUAGUGAGCAUUUCAGGCUCCAGAACGUCACCGUUGGGUUGGCCCUGUUUGCUAUGCAGAAAUCCAUGGUCUUUCUCAAGCUGUUCCUAGAAACUGCUGAGAAAAACUUCCUGGUGGGGCACAUGGUGAAGUACUACAUCUUCACUGACCAGCCCAGUCAGGUUCCGGCUACCCAGCUCCUAACGGGCAGGCAGAUGGUUGUCCUGGAAGUUGACGCCCCCAAGCAGGCCACUUCCAGACACGGCAUGGAGACCAUCAGCUAUUACUCCUCUUGGCGUUUCCUCAAGGAGGUGGAUUACCUGGUGUGCGCGGAUGUGGACCUCAAGUUUCUGGACCACGUGGGAGUGGAGAUCUUGUCCUCCUUGUUCAGCACCAUCCAUCCUGGCUUCUUUGGGCGCAGUCGGAAAACCUUUGCCUAUGAGCGGCGGCCUCAGUCACAAGCCUACAUUUCCUACUGGGAGGGGGACUUCUAUUACACGAGGGCUUUAUUUGGGGGUUUGGUGUUGGAAGUUUACAGACUUGCCACGGCCUGUCACGAGGCCAUGGUGAGUGACAAAGCCCGACACAUUGAGGCUGCGGAGCAGGAGGAGAGCUACUUAAACAAGUACCUGCUUUAUCACAAGCCCACCAAAGUUCUCUCCCCGGAAUAUAUGUGGGACGAAAAGCUGAUGAAUUUUCCCGCCCUCUUGAAGAAUAUGAGGGAUAACGACCAUUGGAUUAUUCGAAGGAUCACUAAGCAACCCAGACGUGGUGAUGGAAGCCUCCAGGAAAGCUCGGAUAGUUUCAACAGCCAGGGUACUGUCACCACCAGCAAGCAAGAUGUGGUCAAAGGAACAAGUGUGCUAAAUGCUACGGAGCUAAACCCAGUGUGA